CUAAAACUAAAAUCCUAACCCUUCAGCCCUGCGACUCAGUCGUCUCCACUCUCCACCGCGAUUCUCCAGUCUCCACUCAGCUCCACCGGCGGCCAGCCUUAGUCUUCUCCGUCUGGCGUCUGCUACUCUGCUCCACGGCUAAUCUUCAAGAUUUCCUAACCCGCAAAGGCCCAAAGCAAACCAAACAUCAGAGUUGAAGAAUAGAAGGAUUUUAGGUUUUGAUGUCGAGUGACGCAUCAAUUUAAUGGCUCGGCGUCGGCAAAUCAAAGCCACCGUAGAGGAUAGGAGUAGGGAUUUAAUAAGUCCUCUGCCGGUAGAGAUAAAGCACAUAAUUUUGGAGUGUUUGCCCACCCGAGACGCUGCCAGAACUGCUCUACUAUCAACUCACUGGAAUGAUGUUUGGUUGCAACAUGGGAGGCUUGCGUUCGAUUAUGACUUCAUAUAUAGUGUCGAACAGGGCGACGAUGAUAAAGGCAGAACUCUCAUUGACAUAAUAAAUAAUAUUAUCCUUUUCCGUGCUGGACCGGUUAAGAAAUUUACUCUAUAUGUUAAACAUUAUUAUCGGCAGUCUGAUUUGGAUAGGUGGUGUCUUUUUCUAUCAAGAAAUGGUGUGGAGGAGCUUAUCAUAAAAUUUUGUAAUUGUGGAGAGGAUGAAUAUAGGCUGCCAUUUUGUAUACUCUCGUGCCGGACAAUUAAGCAAAUGAGUGUCGACGGUCCCUUUAUUGAUUUUCCGUAUGUGGAAGCAUCUUUGUUUGCAACUGCAAUAAAUCUCCAAGUACUAGGGCUGUAUGAAUUACGUUUUCGAUGUGCGAAGCAGCUCACCACUGCUAUGCAAUUGCUUCAAAAAUGUCCCAACGUAUGUGAACUGGGAAUUACGACUUAUCAGGAAGUAAGCAAAUUUGAUGAAGAAGCAGCUUCAAGACUUUUGGAGGAUCCAGAUGGUUGCUUUAUUAUUCAGGAUCUAAAGAUGCUUAACACAAUCAAGAUUGAAUCAUUUAGGGGAUCCACAGUCGAAAUACUUUUUGUAAAAAUGCUGCUCUCAAAAUCCCCCGCACUAGAGAAAGUUGUUAUUAUGGAAUCUUGUUUUAUUGACACAUCUGUAGCUGUCAAAAGCCUAAGGGAGUUGUUGCGUUUUCCUCGUGCAUCUCCAAAAGCCCAAAUUGUUUGCAUGGAACACAAGGGAGCCAUGUCUGGUUGGGCCAUGGGCGAAUUGUGAUCAAUGGGGAUUUGUUAAGAGUGUGCCGAAAGAUGCAAAGGUGAUAAAAACGUAGCUGUGGUGAACAUGAUAAAUGACAUUCGAUCUUUUGCGCCAUGCCGGCGGCCGUGUUAAGAAAUUUACUCUAUAUGCAUUCCUUGUGGAGUAAGAAACCGAUCCUAUAAAGUAUGUAUUUGGCAAUUGCGGUUUUCUUUUUUCUUAAUUUUCUCAUGGUUGUACUUAAUUUUCAUUUCAUGUUGAGUUGUAGACAUUUUUAUAUGAUGAGAUAAGACUUUUGGAUGAUCUUAUU